CCCUAAAAUAACAACAAAUCUCAGAAAUCAAAAGAACAAAAUGCUGUCGCUUUGCUCUUGUAUGAGAUAGAAGUUGUAGUCGCAGUGAUCUGAACGCAGGCGGAGUUGGGCGCCGUAGGAAACAAGGCCGCCGUGAGAAAGCUAUCCAUCCAGGAGCUAGCAUAUUGAUAUCUUUCUAGCAUUAUGGGUGAGUUUACAAUUCAAAUUAGCAAUGACCUUGUUAAUAAGCUUGUUGAUGAUCCUGUGGUGAAGAAGAAACCCAGAAGGGUUAAACGUAAGGUGGCAAGAGAGAUUGAAAAGCCCCAACCUAAUGUAGCUGAAGAAGCUGAGAUUGCACCUGCUCCAGUGUGGCCAGUGCAGCCUGCUCUGUAUGUACCUGCAACAUUGCCUGCACACCCUUCCCAGUCCGAGUUAGAAGGCAUUCGAUCUGUGCUUCAGGAAAGUGAGAAGGUUUUGGAAAGAUUGCAGAAGCAAGAGAAGCAAAUGUUGCAAGAAGUAACCCAAAAGGCAAAGGACCUCCAUGAGAAAGAGUAUAAGGUUCCAGACCCAAAGCCUGAGCGUUGCACGGCUGAGAGGCUUGCUUCGUUAACAUGUUACAAGGAACAUAUCAAGGACCCUUUGAAGUGUGCUGGUUUUGUUAACAAUUUUGCAGAUUGCUUGCGUAGGCUUGGUCCUUUAGGUGGCAAAUAAGUUAUACUGAGAAGUCGUUUAUAAGGAAAUUCAUAUGAACGAAAUGCAAAUAAACCUGUAAACUACAUACUGACUAACAUUUUGUUGUUGCCCUUUUUUGUGUAACAUUUCGUUCUUUACAUUAAACUGUUUUCUAAGUUUAGUGCAAGUGACAUUGUCUGUUUGGGAUUUGGUGUUGUCCACCCACUUGCUAGUUAUUUUCUCCAUGCCAUGUUAUGAAGGAAAUUCAUUUAUGUUCCUCAAAUAGAGAUAUUACAAAAUACGUUCAUUUGCA